GCUGAUGUGCGGCUACUGGGGUCUGGGACCAAUCAUCUGUGACCUGUACAUCACCAUGGACGUGGUCUGCUCUACCUCGUCCAUUUUCAACCUCGUCGCCAUUAGUAUAGACAGAUACAUCGCGGUGACCCAGCCCCUCAAGUACGCCCACUCCAAGAACAACAAGCGCAUCGUCCUCACCAUCGCCAUCAUCUGGACGGUGUCAGCGGCCAUCGGCAUCCCACUCGUCUUCGUCAACCAGUGGGAUGUCUCGAAGAAGAAAGACGUUCUCAGCAACGAGUGCGCCUUCCUCAACGCUGACUUUAUACUUUACUCGUCCAUAUCCUCCUUCUACAUCCCCUGCAUCGCCAUGAUCUACUUGUACUGCAGGAUAUUCAAGGCGCUAAAGGAGAGAGCAAGGAAGAAGAAACCCAAAGUGACGGAGAUCAAGGCAGGAAGCGUCAUAGAGAACGUCGCACAGACCAGAAUGCUGGCGGAGACCACCUUGGGCAGGGAGGUGAACAUGCCGCCGGCCAAGUCUGCGACCCUCGUAGAGGAGGACAAGAACACUAACAACACCAGUAACAGCCAGGACGAGGAUGAUGAAGAUGGGGACGAUGUGGUGGGUCUUGGUGGGGAGGAUAACUGCCACAUUAUCAAAAAUCCCAAGCCAGAGGAGCUCAAUCUGGAACCAAUGAAGGAGGAGAAGGAGUCGUCAGGGGAGGGGGUAGCGCCGUCGUGUCUACAGUCGACGAGGAACGGGGCAGCAGAGGCAGUAAAGGGAACAGAGGGCGGUAGCUCCAGCCUGCCGGAGACCUCCCCGAGACAAGUUCUUCUAAGUAAGCAGAAGAAAGUUAAGAUCCAGUCCAAGAGAAACGGGUCUGCGGGGAGCGCAGGGAGAGCGGUGGAGGAGAGCGGGGAGCUCCUUGAGAAAAAGGACAAGAAAGCCUCCUCGGCCCGCUUCACCAUCUACAAGGUCAACAAAGCCAGCAAGAAGAAGAGGGAGAAAUCCUCAGCCAAGAAGGAGAGGAAAGCCACCAAGACCUUAGCCAUCGUCCUGGGUGCAUUCUUGGUGUGCUGGGUCCCCUUCUUUACUUGCAACAUCGUUGACGCCAUCAGCAAGAAGACGCAGAACCCGAGCCUGGAGCCCGGCAUGACCAUCUUCGUCCUCACCACCUGGAUAGGUUACAUGAAUUCCUUCCUCAACCCCGUCAUUUACACCAUCUUCAACCCGGAGUUUAGGAAAGCCUUCAAAAAGAUUCUAGUAUGUGAGAACUAG